CAACAAGUCCAAACCCAACUGAACCGGUAUGUACGAGGCCUAAAGAAUGAGGGUCUUGGUAGCAUUGGGAAUAGGCUGAUAAGAUUUGUAUAGAUUCAAGAAUAACCUUCCUGAACUAUUGCAGCGUGGCCUUAGCCCUAAUAUCAUGGAUGUUGAUUAUGAGUUCAAAGAAGAUGAAGAGGAUAAUGUGGACUUCUUGCAUAUCGAUCUGAUGGACCUUUAUCCCAUUCUUAAUAGUAAUAAGAGAUAUAUAGAAAAGCUGAAGAAUUUUAGAAAUAGUUUUCAUAAAAUAUCUAUGUUUUAUCUUCUUCCAAAAGAAAGUGACUCAAAGAGGACCCUUCAGCUUAGAAUUAUACAACCUAUUCUAUCAAAAGUCAUUCACAAAAUUGAAAUUUCCGAUUUCACAAUACACAAUAAAUGUCUCAAGAAAGCAUUUGCUACUUUAUAUCUAGUCAAAGACAUAAAAUUCAACUUCUGAGAUCUGCACACUUCAGAUCUCCUGCCCUCAGCCACUCAGAUCCCGUACAAGACCAGCACUCUUUCUUUGAUUAACUGCAGGAACCCCUCUCACUCGCUUGGAUGUCCGAAGGAAUUCGAAGAUGUAUUUAACUUCAUCAGUCGUUGAGGCUUAAGACAUUCCUUGGGAGAGAUCAUUGUUAGGGAUAUUGAUAGAGACCAGAAUACUAGUGAAGAGAUGGUAGAAAAAUAUGGGUUGGAGAAUAUGAGCAUUAACAUGCUUGCUUUUGGAGAGACUUCUCCUAGAAGACAAAUCAAGAAGAAGAAAUCUAAGUGUAUUAUUCAAUAGAGUUCCUAGAGUUGGAAUAUGAGGGAUUAAGAAAGUCAAGACGUAAUUCUAAACCCUGAGUAAAAUCCCUAAUCUCUUAAAGACUAUUCCUGGUCCUCUUUUAAAGGCUUGCCUUCAAGAAGAGAAGUCCUAGCCUUGAGGAUGAAGGCUCUCAGCAAGAGAUUUGGAGGAACGGGGGAUUUUAGGGUGUCAAGGGAGUUGAGAAUUAGGAAAAAUGGGGUAUGAGAGGCCUA